GGCAGCGGUCGCUCGUCCACGCUUUGAUGGAAAUGGCACGAUGACUUUUGAUGGAAAACUUGGGAUUUGGCCGUUCACAUACCAAGAACCGGCAAAGAGAAAAAACAAGAACAGAGAUGCUGGAACCAUGGUCACAAAAGUGCUUCCCGCGGUUACUCAAAAUGUUGUCAGGGAGUACAUGAUUAAUUUUCUUAUUCCAGCCAUAAGGGCGAGAUGGCCUGCAGCUGAGCAUGGCAUGCCAAUAUAUCUCCAACAAGAUAAUGCUAAGACCCAUAUCCCGUUAGAUGACCCUGAAUUUGUCGCAGCGGCUCAAGCAGAAGGGUGGGACAUCCGUCUCACGUGCCAGCCUCCAAACUCCCCUGACCUAAAUAUUCUCGAUUUAGGUUUUUUUGCAGCGCUGCAAGCACUUUUUCAGAAGUUGACACCAGGUUCUAUUGAUGACAUUGUGAUCAAGGUGGAGCAGGCAUUUGAUGAGUAUCCAGCUGAGAGAAGCAACAUGAUUUUCCUCACUCUGCAAUCAUGCAUGGUAGAAGUGUUGAAGCAACUCAGAGGAAACCGUUACAAAGUUCCGCACAUGCGGAAGGCUGUCAAAGAGAGACUCGGCAACCUCCCAAUUACAAUACAAUGCGCUGCAAGCAUUGUACAGGAUGCAAUUGAAUCUUUACCAGAUGUUUAGAUUUUGUCAUUCAAAGGUCAUAGUAAUAGUCGAUGCCAAUGUUUAGAGUAUACGUCAAUGUCGUCAAUUUUAGUUGAUGGGCUUGUUCUGUUUGCUGAAAUAAUGUAACAGAUUAAUACUCAAUGUGCGGAAAUUUUAGUAGGGUACAGUCGAUGCC